GCGGAGGGGCGGGACUUGCACCGGCGUCUCUUCUUCCAAGUGCAGUUUGUGGCAGCGCCAUUUUGAACGUGCAGCUGCAGCGGGCGUGAGUUGGGGGAGGACGGGUUGCCGGCUCGCCUACCUAGCGGUCUCUUGAUUGUCGAUAUUUUGUUGCCAUAGGUUUAUGUAGAGACGUAUACAUAUAUAUAGACACACUAUAUAUAAAUCUAGGCCUGUAUCCGGUGUCCGAGGCGAACUCAGUAAGAUGAUGUUAAGAGGAAACCUGAAGCAAGUGCGCAUUGAGAAAAACCCGGCCCGCCUUCGCGCCCUGGAGUCCGCGGUGGGCGAGAGCGAGCCGGCGGCCGCCGCAGCCAUGGCGCUCGCUCUUGCCGGGGAGCCGGCACCGCCCGCGCCUCCGGAGGACCACCCGGACGAGGAGAUGGGGUUCACUAUCGACAUCAAGAGUUUCCUCAAGCCGGGCGAGAAGACGUACACGCAGCGCUGCCGCCUCUUCGUGGGAAACCUGCCCACCGACAUCACGGAGGAGGACUUCAAGAGGCUCUUCGAACGCUAUGGCGAGCCCAGCGAAGUCUUCAUCAACCGGGACCGUGGCUUCGGCUUCAUCCGCCUGGAAUCCAGAACGCUGGCUGAAAUUGCAAAAGCAGAGCUGGACGGCACCAUUCUCAAGAGCAGACCUCUACGGAUUCGCUUCGCUACACAUGGAGCAGCCUUGACUGUCAAGAACCUUUCUCCAGUUGUUUCCAAUGAGCUGCUAGAGCAAGCAUUUUCUCAGUUUGGUCCAGUAGAGAAAGCUGUUGUGGUUGUGGAUGAUCGCGGUAGAGCUACAGGAAAAGGUUUUGUAGAGUUUGCAGCAAAACCUCCUGCACGAAAGGCUCUGGAAAGAUGUGGUGAUGGGGCAUUCUUGCUAACAACGACCCCUCGUCCAGUCAUUGUGGAACCCAUGGAGCAGUUUGAUGAUGAAGAUGGCUUGCCAGAGAAGCUGAUGCAGAAAACUCAACAAUAUCAUAAGGAAAGAGAACAACCACCACGUUUUGCUCAACCUGGGACAUUUGAAUUUGAGUAUGCAUCUCGAUGGAAGGCUCUUGAUGAAAUGGAAAAGCAGCAGCGUGAGCAGGUUGAUAGAAACAUCAGAGAAGCCAAAGAGAAACUGGAGGCAGAAAUGGAAGCAGCUAGGCAUGAACACCAAUUAAUGCUAAUGAGGCAAGAUCUAAUGAGGCGUCAAGAAGAACUCAGACGCUUGGAAGAACUCAGAAACCAAGAGUUGCAAAAACGGAAGCAAAUACAACUAAGACAUGAAGAGGAGCAUCGGCGGCGUGAGGAAGAAAUGAUCCGACACAGAGAACAGGAGGAACUGAGGCGACAGCAAGAGGGCUUUAAGCCAAACUACAUGGAAAAUAGAGAACAGGAAAUGAGAAUGGGUGAUAUGGGUCCCCGUGGAGCAAUAAACAUGGGAGAUGCGUUUAGCCCAGCCCCUGCUGGUAACCAAGGUCCUCCUCCAAUGAUGGGUAUGAAUAUGAACAACAGAGCAACUAUACCUGGCCCACCAAUGGGUCCUGGUCCUGCCAUGGGACCAGAAGGAGCCGCAAAUAUGGGAACUCCAAUGAUGCCAGAUAAUGGAGCAGUGGGUGAUAGAAGAAAAUGUGGCUGAAGUUACCUGAAGUUCAGCUUGCAGUGUAAUUCAGAAGAGUUAAGACCAGAAGAACUGGAAUCAUACUUCCUUUCAGGUCAGUCUGUAUCUGCUCAUUAUUUUCUAACAGAUCCUUGAGUAUUCACUUCUUCCUAGUUUUUUCUAGUCAGUUCUUCCUGAUUCUGAUUCUGUGGACGGUAAUGAACAUACGUAAUGGUCCCAGUGUUUUGAGUCAGUAGAAUAUUUAUGAACAGUUUAUAGCUGAAGCUGAAGCCUCUAUAGCUUGGCCUGUCUUCGUAGGAAACCCUGGCAUCACAUGUCAGCAGGGCUAGAGGGGACUCUUAGCUUUGCCUUACCCUCCUCCUUCCUCACUGGUGUAAUGCGUAUAUUGAUUUGUCUUCAGGUAAAACUGGACUAAGAGGGGAAAUGACAUAGAGGUCUCGGAGUGAGGAGAGAGAAAAAAAAGGUCUUUGUAAAAAAAUUUCCUAUUGAUUUUUAAUGACCUCCAAACCUAGAAUUUUAAACUUGUGUUCCUUUGGAAAAUAUGUAAUCUCUUUUUUUUUUGAGACGGAGUCUUGCUCUGUCGCCCAGGCUGGAGUGCAGUGGCACGAUCUUGGCUCACUGCAAGCUCUGCCUCCCGGGUUCACGCCAUUCUCCUGCCUCAGCCUCCCGAAUAGGUGGGACCACAGGCGCCCGCCACCAUGCCUGGGUAAUUUUUUGUUUUAGUAGAGACGGGGUUUCACCACAUUAGCCAGGAUGGUCUCGAUCUCCUGACUUUGUGAUCCGCCCGCCUCGGCCUCCCAAAGUGCUGGGAUUACAGGCGUGAGCCACUGCGCCCGGCCGGAAAAUAUGUAAUCUUAAAAAUGGAUCCAUUCCUCCUCCUCUGCUUUCUACUUUUUCGGAGAGGGGUCACAAUUUUUCGGUUCUUUUGUUAUGUCACUCAUAAAAUAUUAUUGAAACAUUAAUGCCGACUUUAUGACAAAAUUCCCAUGGGUACAUUGUCAUCCUAAUAGAUCCAGAAAGUAUUAAGUGUAUGUCUUUUCUAGCUUUUGUCUGGUGAUACUAAACAUUAUUGUGUCUUAUUCUUGCUGCUACAAGUGUUCUGGGGACUAGAAGUGACAGUGUUGCCUGAGAGCUUCUUGGAAAUGAAGUGUCUCCCACACAGGACACAGAGUCCUGCAAGUCGAAAAGUCUGUUUUAACUGUGAAGAUUAGGUCCUGUGUACUAAUGAAGACGUUUCUUUUCUAGGAUUUGUGUGCACUGGGUUUGAGAUGCAGUGAUGUAUUCUGUAGUUUUGAGAAAUUUUACCUUUUCAAAGUAUCUGACACCUCAUGCAGCACAAAAAUGUGACAGCUGUUUUGCAUACUAUACCCAGCUCUAGAAAGUUAAUCUCAGGCUUUGGUUCUCAAGCCUGGCCCUAGACCAGCAGCAUCGCCAUCUGGGAGCUUCAGAAUGCACAUUCUCAAGCCACACCCUCAGCCUAUGCAACAGAAAUUUUGAGGAUGGAAACUAGAGAAUAAUUUUAUAGUCUAUGGAGAUUUUAUUGAAAUUAAACUUUCAAAUUGCUGUAUUAUGUAGGUAUCUGAAAAUCCAAAGAACGCAUCUCAUAUAUGGGUAAGGAAAUAUAUGGGAAAGGAAAAAGAUUGUGUACAUAAGCUAUCUGUGGCCUAGAUGAAGCCUGUGGCAUUCGGUGACCUUCAAAGAAUGAAGGGGAGAGUCUAGAAGCUUAUCAGGUAGAUCUGUCGUUGGAACUUUAGGAUUUCUAAAUUUUGGUUAAAAUAUAUGAAUACUGUUACUUCAGUUAAAGUAACUCCUUUUAUAGAUUUUACUUUCUGACAAAGUCAGUGAAAAGUAAACAUGUAAAGAAAGUAAAAUUAUUAAAAUGCCAAAUAUUUAAUUCUUGUGACAUUGAAUCUGCUUUUAUUAUAAAGAUUUAAGAAAUAGCCAUUUCCAUGACAGUUUCCUCCUUCAACAAUCUUAAUAUUGAACCUUGAAUUUAGGUCUGCUGGUCAGUGAUUCCAGUCUAGCAAAUUACUUUAGGACUGAAAGCUCUUGUUUCUUUAGAAAAAUAUACUAUGGAGAUUAGAUCCUGUUUACUAGUGAAGACUCUGUCUCUUUUCCAGGUCAAAACAUUUUAUGGGGAAUAUCCUGUUCGUGACCUGGGAGAAACAAGACAGAAAACAAAUCUUACUUCAUUUAUGAAUUUCUUACUCCAUACAAGCAGUUUAUGGAUGUCUGGGCAAUCAUAGCACUUUCCAUUUAAAACCAUGCUACAGGGGCACAUUUUCUGUGGUUAAAAAUGAUCUCCAGAGUAAGUGUAAACUGCAGUUUUCCUUUGUAUCGAGAGUUUUGGCUUUUUAUUUGUAAAUUAAAUCAAGAUGUUACCUA